UGCUGCUUCAACCACCCAUCCCUCCUUUACUCUCCUAUAUAAGCACCAGCUUUGAGUGAAAAAAAACUCAGACUUGAAAAAAUAUACAUAACAGUGUUGUAAACAGAGUUAUCAAUAUGGCUAGUUUUGGAGUCCGGAAGUUGGCUUCCCUGAUGCUUGUAUGCAUGGUGGUGAGUGCACCCCUGGUGGCCAAAGCAGCAGUGACGUGUAGCGACGUGGUGAAUCACUUGUUACCAUGCGUUUCCUAUGUAUCAAACGGUGGACCACUGCCAGAUGCUUGCUGCAAUGGGGUGAAGACACUCUAUGGUGAGGCUCAGACCUCAGGUGAUCGCCAGAAUGUGUGCAGGUGCAUUGAAUCAACUGUGAGGGGAAUUUCGUACUCGUCCUUUAACCUUGAUCUCGCCGCCGGUCUCCCUGACAAAUGCGGUCUCCAUCUUCCUUACAAGAUCAGCCCCUCCACCGACUGCAGCAAGGUGCAGUGAAGUUGAUGGAUCAUGAGCGAGUAACAAGUAGUUGCCAGAAGGAUCAAGUAGGGUGAAAUAAGCGGGUCCGCCAGGGGCUCUCUCUAUAUGGGGGAGCUGUAGUAAGAGUAUGUUAAAGUUAAGUACUUAUUAGGUAGAGGAAAGCUGCUUUGUUGUUGUUUUCAGCUUUCCAUAAUUGGAAAAAGAAACUGAAUCCGGUUUGUGAGUGUAUCCUAAUCUUUAAUUAAGUUCCGUCACUGUCUUAAAUUUCAAAAUGAUUGCAUUUUCUUUAAUUUUUACUAAUUGCUUAUGCCAUAUGCAUUCACUUGCAGCGAAACCCCAUUUUAUUUG